GUGGGCGCGCGCGCCCUGGGGCUCGCUCCCGCGCUGGAUUCCCCGGCGGGGCCCGAGCCCCCCGGAAGGCGGGGCGGGACCCCGGGGCUGAGGAGGACGCCGCUUGGACUCCCUAAUCGCUGCCGUGCGGCUUUCCGAUCCCCCCUGCCUUCUCCCAGGUCUGGCCUGGCCACCGAGACCAGCGAGGAAGCCUUGCGGCUGGAGAUCCAGAAGCUGAAGCAGAAGAAGGACACUCUGGAUCAGGAAAUCUCCCAGCUGUCUGCAGAGGGCUACAGCCUGUCUGAGCUGGAGGAACACAUCUCCUUGCUUCACGAGUACAAUGACAUCAAGGACGCGGGGCAGAUGCUGUUAGGAAGGCUGGCCGUGAUCCGUAGGGUCCCCACCAAGGAGCUGUAUCCCGAGUUUGACCUGGACAUGAAUGACUGAGCCAAAGGGUUCCCUCCCGCUCCCUGUGGUAGCUGCCUGGAGUUUGGCGGAGGCACGGGGGGACUCUCACGGGAUGGUUGUCGAAGAGCUGGGGGGGUCACGGAGAGGACCGUCGGGUGAGGGGGGCACUGAAGCCACCCCCUGCUGCCAAGGGCUGCGGGCAGAGAAACGCCCAGACACUAAACGCUGCCCGGCUCGGUGAAAGGUCAUUCCCCACACCUUGGGCUUUGAAUCAUU